UUAUCCUUAUUUAGGCUGAUCGAGUAAAAGAGCAUGGCUAUCCGGCCGAGGUUCAUAUGGUCGAGACGGAGGACAAUUAUAUAAUCGGUAUGUUCCGCAUACCCUAUUCGCACAAACUUCAAAACGAACACGAAUAUCGACCAGCUAUUUUGUUGCAACAUGGCCUGACCUCCUGCUCGGACGCUUGGAUUCUUAGUGGGCCGAAUGAUGCGCUGGCCUACCUUCUGGCCGAUGCUGGGUACGACGUUUGGAUGGGCAAUGCCCGCGGAAAUACCUAUUCGCGCAACAAUACACGUCUCUCAACAAAUCAUCCUUAUUUCUGGAGAUUUAGUUGGCAUGAAAUUGGAGUCCUCGACAUAGCAGCAAUGAUCGACUACAUUCUAGAUACCACCGGCGAAAAGGCUGUGCACUAUGCAGGCCACUCCCAAGGUACAACUGUAUUCUUUGUACUGAUGGCGGAGAGACCAGAAUACAAUGAGAAAAUAAAAACUGCCCAUAUGUUGGCCCCGGUGGCAUUCAUGAGCAACAUGAAAACUCUGUUGGCCAAGUAUACCAGGCGUUUCAUUGGUCGCCCGAACACUCUUACGCGGCUACUGGAUACCACGGAAGUAAUGCAGUCGACAUUCUUCCAAGAGCUCUACAACAUAUUAUGCACCAACCACCCGGUCGUGGAGUUCAUGUGCAGUAACAUAUAUUAUCUUUUUAAUGGAGACACUGAUUCGGGUAACAUGAAUAAAACCGUAUCAGGGCAGCUAAGUGAAACACAUCCAGCCGGUGCCUCAUCCACUCAGGUCUUACAUUACAUGCAGGAAUAUGAGAGUGGGUGUUUCUGCCAAUUGGAUUAUGGUACUGCGCAAAACCGAAAAAUAUAUGGCCAAGAUACACCUCCGGACUAUGAUGUCAGCAAAAUAACAGCGGAACUUUUCUUCUACUACAGCGAUGCGGAUACAUUGGCUGAUGUAAUCGAUGUCGAGUAUCUGGCCUCGAAGUUGCCUAAGAUGCCCAUCAUGAACCAUUUUCCCGGUGACACAAUUACUCAUGGUGAAUUUACCUGGCAUAUAAGGGUCAAGGAGCUCGUCAACAUGCCAAUUAUCCUGGCAUGCAAUGCUUACGAAAAUUUAGUAUACACGUCCGAUCGAAGCUGA